AUGGCGUGCAACAGCUGGGAUAAAUUGUGUAAGGCGCAGCGUGACUACCCAAAAGCCAAGUUUGCAGAUUCGUUUGUUCAAAAGUCGUUGAAGAAAAGCCCCAAGAAUCCAUUUUUGUUGGCUUGGAAAGCGGACAUCUCACUGCAACUCACCCAAGAUCCAAAGAAUGUGCUUCUCCAAGUACAGCAGGCAUGGCAGCAGCCCGGACCCUACGAUAUCCGGCUGCUAGCAUAUCUCUACAGACUAUCUGCCGAGGCGAUGCGAAGAAGCAAUGCUACCAACACUUGUAUGAGUGGACUCGGCAAUGAGAACUCCAAGGUUUGGCUUAGCGCUUCAAAAACACUGAGCCCUCAGGAACGGCAAGAGUUAUGGUCCGCGCUUGGCAAGGUUGCAUGGCACGAACAAUGCUGGGAAGAUUUUCGCUUUGCUGUCGUUCAAUACAGCAAGGAGCUCAAAGACACCUCCGCGUCUGCAUCAAUGAAGAAGCAUACCCACUUCAUACAAAUACUCGCAACGCAACUUGCAGCCGAGCAACAACUCCAGAUACCCGGCGCUAGCCUCAAGUCCAAGGUACAGUUCGAGCUAGCACGUAGGCUACUGAAACAAUCAUACGAAGCGUCUCCAGACGAGCCGAUUGCGUGUAAAGACAUCCGGGAUCUACGCUUCAUGGGUGAGAUUUUCGCACGACAACGUAAAUGUGAUGAGCUCAUAGAGCUCUGGAACAACCCACCUGCUACCUUGAAGGAUCUCAUGACGACGCACCAAGCCGACUUACAGAUCAUGAGAAUCAGACUCUCAAGGGAGAGCAAGCACUGGUCGCUUGUUGAGAGUGAAUCACGGGCUAGGAUUGAGAACGCGAUAUCGCAAAUAACCGAGAAUCCAGACUCCAAGGCGCUGUGGGAACUCUGUGCUUGGAAUGUGGAUUUAUGGACAGAUUGGCUAGCAGCACUCCGAAUAAAUCUGCCCAAAAACGAGGCUAUCCGCACUGUUAAUGAUGUCCUACACCGUGCUUUUGGAACAGAACUACGAACCAACGAUCGUGCGAUGAGUUUGACGUACAUGAAGCUUCGUCAUUUCGUCGGAGUUCCAAUGGCAGGCGACUGCCUGGCAUAUUGGAAGAAUCACUCGACGCUUACCAGCUGUUUCACAGACAUCCGCCCAUUUUUGGAAACAUUGCACAACAACCAUGGUCCCGGAGGUAAAUCGCACUUUUUCCAAAGCUUGAAUACUGUGAUAAGUUCGACAACGGGGAAUAAAUAUACGCAAGAACAGUGCAACAUACACUCAGAGAACAUCAUGAAAAUUACCCAUCUAAUCACAUCGCCAGUGGCGGAGAAAGGCUGGCAAGGCGACAUAUUUAAUGUUCUGAAGUACAUCCUUAAAACGGUGUGUAAAUCGUCGGGCUUCUACGAGCCCAGCUCCUCGGGAGGAUUCCUUGCGGUUUAUUCCCUCCUACGAAUGCAUUAUGUCGUUAUGCGCUACGAAGAAUCUCAACACCCUUUUGAGAAUACGCCGAACUCUCGGCUCCUCUUACAAGCUGCAAUGCUUGCACGCCACCUAGUCGCUUGCGACAAAGAAAAGCAAGACCGGCCGCGCGCAUUACUCGCUGCCAGGAUACACCUGAACCUAGGUCUUGGAAAGUCGGCUUUCCAGAUGUACAGCUACACCAAAUGCAAGGAGAUGUUGGUUCAUACUAUUUCUCCAUACGUCUUGUCUCGCCUCUCGAUAACACAUCCGUUUGGUGCCAAAGGCUACCAAGGCUUCUCAGCAGAAGAAGAACUCGGGAAAGCCAUUGGUACCAUGGAGAGAAUGGAGUCCAAGACGGAUGACACGAUAUACCCUGAUCUCAAAACAAUCCCAUGGGAUCAAGCUAUCGGUCUAUUGUCUCUGAGGGGGAAACUCAAAUCAAGUUCAACAAAACAUAUAUGCAAUCUGGAGCGCCGUCGCAUAGCGCGACUAAAGGGGGAACCAGUUGAUCAGCUACCUGUUCUAGACCGGCAAAGUUUCCAGAACAUCGUCGACAAUGUGGACAGAUGUGUCUUCCCCGACUUUGACGAUACGCAAUCUUCUGGUCCGUUGCCAUAUGUCAUGCCCAACGUAGUUCCCAAUCUACCAUGGCUCAUAGAAAGCUAUUCGAUCUGGGAGGCCAGCAGCAGAGUGCUAUACAAGGAGACGCAAACGUGGGAAGACGUAGGCUUGUGGGUAGAUGAAAUUGCUACCCCCAAAGAAGGCCAUCAAGUCGAAACGAACAACACCCCAGCGGAAUCAAGAGCUGAAAAAUCAUGGCUUGGCAUUAAUACAAUUGUUGUGACCAUGGCCGGACAAGCAGAUCCGAAGCUGCUCCCUGGUGUUCUCACAGAGCUGUCAGAAGAGCUUCACGCAAUGCGUCUAGCGAUGGAGAAGCUGCGCAUGCCUAAUAAUACCAAUUUGAAGCUUGAUGAUGAGCCCACGAUGUUUCACGAAAACAUGCUCAUUUCGUGCUACACCAAGCUGGAGAUUCUCCGCGCACUUAUCAGAACGGACGAUCUACUCCGCGAGAAGGUACUCAGUCCUAAGAGCACGCACCCACUCAAAUCCAAGCUACCAAAGAACUGGGUUAGCGAAAUAGAGACGGAAACAAAGUUGUGCUAUGAUGCGAUACGCGAUGUGGUCCAUAGCUACAUCAACCUAAUCGAAAAGAAGGGUGUAGCUGCAAUCAAGGCACAGGUACGGUGGGGCGAGACAGGCGAAAUACUGAAAUCGAUUCUCAGCGAUUCGGAUGUGGAAGCAUAUGCAUUGGAAUACGUUGACAGCGCGCUGCACGCUUGGAAGGGGGUGCUGCAGGUCAAACUCAGGUAG